GAACCCAGACGCACACCCCCGCCCCGGCUCUCAGGACCUGGCAGGGUUCUGGGACAUGCUGCAGCUCUCCAUCGAGAACAUCAGCCUGAAGUUUGACGAGCUGCACCAACUCAGAGCCAACAGCUGGAGACCUCUGAGCCCUCCAGACAUUCAGGAGAGAAGGAUCCCCCCUCCCGUGCCAAAGAAGCCCCAGAAGGGCCACCCCCCCCUGGCUAGAGACCGCUCUCUGGAGAGCUCUGAGCGCCAGCGUGUGGAGGCCAGAAAGCGCCUGCUAGCUGCCAAACGAGCGGCGUCCGUGCGGCAGAGCUCGGCCACGGAGAGCGCCGACAGCAUCGAGAUCUAUAUCCCAGAGGCUCAGACCAGACUAUGAGACACUCAGAUGCAUGUCCUCACACACAUACCCUACACACUGUCCCUAUAGCACCUAACGGUAAGGCUCGGGUGCUAACAUAACUACGUUUUGUGCGGACUUCCCAAAAUCACUGUGGGCUUAGUCUGGAUAAAGAAAUGUAUAUUUACAGUAUUUAAUUAAUUAAUUUAUCUAUCUCCCCUCCCCUCCUCUCAUUUCCUCCUCCCAGCUUUGAUGUAGCAGUCCCUCCUCUUCCUCUCCCUCCUCCUCUUUCCCUCGCUGUCAAAAUCUUAUAAAUCCCUUUUUUGAAGUGGCCUAACACUACAGAGAAAACCAGGUGUAGCACAGCUUCAUGUUGUUGUUUCAGGUGGGCAGCGUGCAUGUGGAGUGUGUGUGUGUGUGUGUGUAAACAUGCCAUCACACACACAAACACAACGAGUGAUCAAAUCAAACGGAGAAACACCUAUUGACUUAUUUAUUGUUUAUAUCUGUUUCUGAAUAAAUACGAUUACAUUACAAAAUCAUGGUGAAAGACCAGCGUGUGAAACAGACUUCAGCCAAUCAGGACGAGUUAUGAACUACGGAAGAGAAUUAGGGCAAAAAAGAAAAGUCAGAAUUCUGAAAACUAAUUUGAACAUCUUUCUGUUUUUGGAAAAUCUCAGUAUUCUGACUUUUUCCCCCAGAAUUCCGACUUUAAUCUCAGAAUUCCAUUUAUUUUUCUCAAAAUUCCAACUUUUUCGCAGAAUUCCAACUAUUUUCGGUACAAGGUAAAUUGAGUUUUCCAUAUUUAUAGGUAAAAAACUAAACUUACCUCCUAACCCACUGCUCUGGCUUCGUAGCACACCCCCCUCAGUAAAGGUACCUUCAGUGUUAGUGAGCGAAACAAUCGGCCCUCUGUCUUGAAACAGGUUUUUCCAGCAGCCAGAGGUCAUAAGGUCAACAGGUCAUCCUGCGCUCCUCAAGGUGAGCCGGAGCUGUUUUUGAGUCAGGAGCUGAUUUUAAGCUUCUGCAGAGAGUGCCACGAACAUAAUCUGUGUGUGUGUGUGUGUGUGUGUGUGUGUGUGUGUGUGUGCGCGUGAGAUUCAUUUGGAAAGAGCUUCCUCUUCUCUAGGUCAGAAGAUUAAGGUAGCAGAAUCAACUAACUGGAAACACCGCCCAUCAUUCACAUUGAGCAACAACAUAUACAAUAUAACACACGCAUGAUGACACUUAUAUUGUUUUAUAGACAUGUGUAAUCCUUCUCUCAUAUUGCAUUUAAAUUAUUCUGACUACUGCUUCAAUACUGGCGGGUUUUUGGACAGUUUUGAGACUAAAGGACAGUUUCCUCCUCACUGUGUUCGCCUCCAAACCAAGCAAUUAUCAAACAAAAUAUAUCCGAUUUGUAAUAUUUUGUAUUUGUGUUUUAAUUUAUUCUUUCGGGAAAACAAUGACUGUUUAAAGACAUUGUGGUUAUUAUGAUAAUGCACUGACGACAAGGCCCUCAUACUGUGUUUUUAUUUACUCUGCAGCAUGUCUUUUCUGUUCCAGUGAUCAGCCUUAAUUUCUAAUAUGAUAGUCGAGCACAACAGCAGUCUCAGGGGAAGAUGUGUGUGUGUGUGUGUGUGUGUGUGUGUGUGUGUGUGUGUGUGUGUGUGUGUGUGUGUGUGUGUGUGUGUGUGUGUGUGUGUGUGUGUGUGUGUGUGUGAGUGAGACCCAUGGCUUACUUUAUAUAACCCCUGUCACCAGAAUAGGCCAUGAUCUUUAAAGAAAAGCACCCAUGCCAUCUUUUUAAUGAACAUCUCAGAGCGGUGCAGUGAUGACAGAUUUCUGAAGCUAGCAUCACAACGGGAUUUUACCAUUGGAUUUCAGUAUAUCGCAGGAAUUAGCCACACGUUUACGAUACUUUCACGUUUUGUUCAGCAGGAUAAUCUCCACAUAUUAACACGUUGUGAUAUUUAAAGUGUUAAUUGCUAUCGCCAGAAGUAUAAAGCUAACGCUAGGCUAUAAACAAACUACAUCACGGUCGCACGGCUGCACACACCGCUAAGCUAAAGGCGGCUAAUGUUUGUUAGCAACCGCCAUUCUUAGAUUUGGGGUAUUUACUGACGUAGGAGAACAAAACGUGAAAGUAUAUAAAACGUGUGGUCUGAAACUGCAGUUUGGAUGUUUAUGGCACCUGUGGGCCACCGUACAAACUUCAAAACAAGCGAAGUGAUAAAAUGCUAAGUAAUUCCUGGGUUUUCGGACUCAUUCCUGCACCACUCCAUCACUACUUCAAUGUAACAAGGUAUUUCUGUCAGCUGCUUGAAUGUGGAGACAAUCCUGAGCCAGUUUACCCCCACAUUAUUGUUUUUAAAAACAGAAAUGCAGGACGUUGGUGUGAAGUCCAAUCCUCUGUUUUGAUCUGGGAAGAGUUUUGUGCCAUUUGGAUAAUUCUAGGUACGGAUAUAUAUUCCUGUCCUUAUUUAACGACUUCCUGAUUGAGUGGCGUCUGUGAAGGAACUCAAGUGAUGAAGUGUGGUAUAAUUUGUAUUUCCUUUAGUUAAGUAUAGAGAGGAUGCAUAAUGAAUAGAUCAAACCUAAUGCCAUUUUAUGUAGACGAAGCUCAUUUGAGUAUUUUUUACUUGUAUUUGAAUAUGUCUGUCAAAAGGAUUGACUUCUUAUUUAUGUUUAUUAUAUUAACAUAUCAAUAUAACGCUCCUGGUAUAGCAGGGAGGUAGAAUGUUGGACACUCCAGCACUCCUGAAGCUUGUGAUGUAGUUAAAGAUUAAACGUUUGUACAUAAAUGAAUGUUUCCCUAUGUAAACUAAAAUUUAAAAAAAAUUAAUAUUAAGCAGAUAUACAUUUUGUAUUUACACUGUUGAUGUUAUGGCACGUGUAUGAGCUCUUAUCAGCAUUAAAACAAAUAUAUCAUUGCCA